AUGAUCCCGGUCCGCCUCCGUCACCCCCGCGGUGUGACAACAAUCGAGGUCGACCCAGAAACCCAAGGCGUGCGCGACCUCAAGGUCCUCAUCUUCUCGUCGACCGAGAUCCCGCCUUCUGAACAAGAAAUCAAGUUUGGAUACCCACCAAAGCCGCUGCCCGAGACGGCUGGCCGACUGGCUUCUAUUCCCAUCACGCGGGGUGAGCAGCUGAUUGUGACUGCCGUUCCACAUGUCUCGCGCUCGCCCAAGCGCCCGCGCCGUCUGAGCGUCAAGGAACUCGAUGCCGAGCUCUCUGCACCGAAGCCGCCGCAUGCGCCCGGGCCCGUUGCCGAAUCACCUCUUGCUCCGAGUGACAUGCCCCUCGAGGCGGCCGACUCCAUCGCGCUGCCCGGCCGCGAUGCGGGCUUCCUCCAGCUCCGUGUCGUGCCCGACGACAACUCGUGCCUCUUCUCCGCCGUCAGCGUCGUUUUCGAAGGCGACAUCGAGGCCGCGCAGAAACUGCGAAAAGUGGUAGCGGACGCGAUUCGAGCCGACCCCGACACGUACUCAGACGCGAUGCUUGGACGCGCGCGAGACGAAUACAUUGCCAAGAUUCUCGAGCGCAACACGUGGGGCGGUGCGAUUGAGCUCUCUAUCUUUGCAAAGCACUACAAGACGGAGAUUGCGAGCUUUGAUGUCGCAUCUGGGCGGUGCGACAGGUUCGGCGAGGGCGAGCAUGACCAGAGAUGUCUCCUUGUGUACUCUGGCAUCCACUAUGACGCGAUGACACUCUCGCCAAUGGAAGUUGCUCCGACGAGCUUCCACACGACCGUCUUCCCCGUCACUGACACCGCCGUGAUGGACGCCGCCCGCAAGAUGGUGGACAAGCUCAAGGGUAGGAAGUACUACACCGACACCGCAAACUUUGAUUUGAAGUGUAACGUGUGCGGUAUCGGGCUCAAGGGCGAGAAGAGCGCGACCGCGCAUGCAAUAGAAACUGGGCACGUGAAUUUCGGCGAGUAUUAG